AACACAAUGGUUGUGGAAAGGUGCACGAGUUUUCAAGAACAUUUACAUCAAAUGUUUAGUUCUAGAGAGCUGCAAGCCCAGAUUCUUUUAGCCUGCCCAGUAUACAAUUUAUGGGCUCCUAGUUGCAGCCAAAAGAUUGUAGCUUAGACAUGGUGACAAAUCGAGUGACCUAACCAUGGUUUGAACUGCAAAUAUCCCUGGGAGUAUAGGAAAAACAUCUCGAUUGCUGACUACGCUGGACAGCAUCUUUAUUUUCUCGUGCCCCGUGAAGAUUUACGGUACGUCCGGAAUGAGGAAAAUUAACCAUAACGAGAUAAACGGAAAUUAAGGUCAUCCUUUAGACACUUACAUUCGUAAUCGUUGUUUGAAGAAUCCUCCAUAAAUACGCUGAGUUGCAGCACCACGUAAACAUUACAUCACUUCAUUUACUACGAAGUUGUUAAGGUCAGUUCUCCGUGCUGUGCGCCGUGGAGUAAAUCUAGUUACGUGGAUGUCAACCGACUGCCCAGCCAAGGUUAAUUCUAAUUGAUGAGGGUUAUAAAACAAAAACAAAGCUGACAGCAGAAGGAAACUUCUAAAGGGCUCCUGACUGGACCAUGCUUGAGUGGGUAACGUUUGCACCCAUCAUUUGUCUGCUUAUUUGUUCAUCAGUGGCCUUGCCGUCACAGCAAGCUGUUAACGCUAGCAACGACAAUUUUAAGCAGCAGACUCAAGCAACAAAAAACCAGCGAGAGGAACUAGUGCCGAAAACCACAAGAGUGUACAAAAUGGGCAUUCUCAAGGUACCCACAAACACAAGGCUGGUUCGACUUUACAACAAAAAUGGAUAUUUUCUGAAAAUCUCUACUGCAGGAAGACUUCGAGGAACAAGGAGAAUCGACAAUCCAAACACACUUAUCGUAAUGGAGUCGAUGGGUCCUAGUAUUGUUCGACUCAAGGGCGUGGUGUCUAAGACGUAUCUCUGUAUGAACGAUGAGGGGGUUUGUCACAUUAUGACUCAACCAUCGGACGAAUGCCUGUUUAAAGAGAAGCUAGGUGCAAACUAUUUCAACACUUAUGCUUCAUACAAGUAUAGCGGAAAGAACCCUGGAAACAUAACCCAAGAAUUCUACAUCGCUAUCAAGAAAAACGGGAAGCUUAAACAUGGCGCUAACACAGCCAUGAUACAGAAAUCUGUGGACUUUACGGUUGUGCCGCAAAAGAAGAGAAGGAGCAGCGGAUGAUCGUGCUACUAGAAAAAGCACCGAGAAGCCGCAUGGCUUCAAGGGACAUCCAUGUCGGUAAUGGAAACGUACGAAAAUCGUAAACGUGUUUGGUCGAGACAUAAAGAAAGAAAAUGGAUAACUCUUGAAAACUACUGUAGCUCGUCAAACAGACAAACAAACACACAAGGAAAAAAAGCCACAAUGCACAAUUAGGAUUGAAGAAAACAGUAAGAAAUAACAAGAAAGCAAAAAGAGGUUGUAGGGCAGGAUAUACUAUCAAAAGUUUAAGUGAGGAGGGUUGGCUGGGUUGUAAACGAGUAGCAGCUCACAGGAAAAUAUAACGGGAGGAUUGACAGUAGAAGGUGCCAAUGAGGGGCGUAGAAACUGAUGCACGCCUUUGAAAAAACUGAGUCCAAAAUGAGCCCGUUAAACUUAUUUCCGGUUUGUAUCGGUUUAUGUCAAUGACAACUGGUUGGGUACCGUUCACGGAGUGUUUUAAACGACUUUUGCAAAUAUUGUCUAAGAAACGAGGCUUUGAGUGCUUCGUUCUCUUGAGAUCAGUUAUUUUAACAAACGUCUACGGCUAAAGCAAACCGCCUGGCUCUACACUCUUUCAAUGUUCAACUUUAACCAUGUUGUGUCCAUUUUGGGCGAAUUUGAAAACUGAUGACAGAGAGUUGUUACACCCCUUACGGCUGAAAUGUAGACGAGAUUCGACAAAAAAGUAUGUUUUCACUGGAAGACAACAUACUUCAGAUGUAGGCCACCGCUGAACUUCUCAUCUCUUCUUCCGUGGGCAGCACAAUUGCUACGGCGUCAAAACAUCUAUUUAAGAAACAAAUGAAUAAAAUUUUCAGAGGAAAAUGAACGAAAAACUCUCUUAUAAGUAAAAACAAGAGAGAUAUUCUCUUCGUAAAUAUCGACCAAAGUUGAGCAUUCUUUGGCACAGUCCAGAUACGGAGAAAAAGAAUAUUUAUUUUUUUCAAAAUAUAACAAACAAAAGAAGAGGAAGUGUGAAAUUACCUCAGAGAAAAAAAAAAGUGAUGUAGAUAUAACGCGAUGUAAAUAUAAAGCGAUGUAAACAUAGCGUCAUUUGCAAAAAGCGAUUUCAAACAAUUCACAUUAAUUUUCGAGAUAUAAAAGAGUCGACAGAGGCUGCUCUGAAUUCCCACGAUAUAAGAGAGGACGUGAGUAUUAUUAUUUUGAAAAUUACACUCUCGAAUUAUUGUAACAACUUUCGUAAUAAA